GGAAAUGGGUACAUUAAUGACUACUCUACUGGACGACUUUUACGGGAUGCUAAGCUUUAUGAGAUCGGUGCCGGCACUAGCGAGGUUCGACGACUGAUCAUCGGACGAGCGCUGAAUAAGGAGUAUGGCCAAUAA